AUGCUCAAUCACGAUGAAACUAUCGCACUCCGGUCCUCGGAUUCCAAUCACGUUACGAGUAAUCAUACUGCACCCCUUCCAUCUCCAUCUCAAUCACGUUUACUUGCAAGUGCUGGUGUUGUUGCUGUCCCUGAUGAAGCACAUGCUGUACGUCUAAAUGUACUAAAUAGCAGUGUUCAAGAAGCUCGUGAAGCCCGGAAUUCGUGUCUGAUUAUGUGGGCAAUCUCAUUGGUUAAUUUUCCACAAAUUCUAGCAGCGCUCGUUAUUCUAACGUUAUAUUGGCAGCAUGAGACUUUAUGCUUUCGAAUUCAAGUUUGGGUUUUAUCUCAUACAAUUUACUUGAUACUGACACUAGUACUGGAAUGGACACUUUAUUAUUUAAAUCGUGCACGUAGUAAUAGUGCAAUUCGUCUUCGAGAACAGUAUAUGACUCCAUUGAGUCAAUUGAAAUAUGGACUUGAUCUAGCAGGUCUUUUUUGGUUUCUAGUGGGUAAUAUGUGGGUCAUUAGUGAUGGUGCACGUUGUGAUGAUGGAUCGGCGAUGUAUCAAUUGGCAUUAUGGAUGAUUAUCAUCUCAUAUGCCAAAAUCUUUCUUCCCUGUUUGCUGCUCCUUUCACUCCUGCCGAUACUGUGCUUCUGUCUACCUUGUGUGAUUCGUCUACUCAGCAGAUUGCAGGAUCCAAUGAGAGGAAAAGGAGCGACGAGAGAGCUUAUUGAUCAGUUAGAGACCAAGACGUACACGAACAAUAUGUUCCCGUUUGAAGAUGCAUGCUGCUGUAUCUGCUUGAAUGCUUACGAAGCUUCACAGUCCCUUCGCGUGCUACCGUGCGCGCAUCAUUUUCACAAAGAAUGCGUCGACGAAUGGUUGUUGGUAAAUUCGACAUGCCCAACGUGUCGUAAAUCCAUGUUUGACGCAGGCUCAGGUGACGACAUAGCAACAAGUGAGGAAAACAUGCUACGACGUGUGUGA